UAAAGAGCCUCUUGAUGAAAGUGAAAGAGGAGUGAAAAAGCUGGUUUAAAAACUCAACAUUCAAAAAAUGAAGAUCAUAGCAUCUAGUCUCAUCGCUUCAUGGCAAAUAGAUGGGGAAACAAUGGAAAUAGUGAGAGAUUUUAUUUUCUUGGGCUCCAAAAUCACUGCAAAUGGUGACAGCAGCCAUGAAAUUAAAAGACGCUUGCUGCUUGGAAGAAAAGCUGUGAGCAACCUAGACAGCAUAUUGAAAAGCAGAGACAUUACUUUGCCAACAAAGGUCCGUCUAGUCAAAGCUAUGGUUUUUCCAGUAGUCAUGUGAGAAUUGGACCAUAAAAAAGGCUGAGCGCUGAAGAAUCGAUACUUUUGAACUGUGGUGUUGGAGGAGACUCUUGAGAGUCCGUCCCUUGGACUGCAAGGAGAUCCAACCAGUCCAUCCUAAAGGAAAUCAGUCCUGAAUGUUCAUUGGAAGGACUGAUGCUGAAGCUGAAACUCCAAUACUUCGGCCACCUGAUGUGAAGAACUGACUCAUUUGAAAAGAUCCUGAUGCUGGGAAAGACUGGAGGUGGGAGGAGAAGUGGCCGACAGAGGAUGAGAUGGUUGGAUGGCAUCACUGACUCGAUGGACAUGAGUUUGAGCAAGCUCCAGGAGAUGGUGAGGGACAAUCAGGCCUGGUGUGCUGCAGUCCAUGGUGUCGCAAAGAGUUGGACAUGACUGAGUGACUAAACAGCAAAAUGCUUGUGGUCCACUAGGGGCCUCCCCGGUGCCUUAGUGGUGAAGAAUUUGCCUAUAAUUCAGGAGACCCAGGCUCGAUCGCUGGGUUGGGAAGAUCCCCUGGAAGAGGACAUGGCAACCCAGGCCAGAAUUCUUGCCUGGAGAAUCCCAUGGACAGAGGAACCUGGAGGACUACAGUCUAUGGUGUCGCAGUGAGUCAGACACAAUUAAAGCGACUGAACACACAUGUGGUCCACUAGACCCUUGAUUGUUCUCAAGGGUCUUUGGCCUGUGCUUCUGUCCUGUCUCUGUGUGUGGCAUGUCAUGGCAGUUUCCCUUCUCCCUCACCCCACCCCCAACUACACUCACAUACUCCAUUUCUUACGUUUGCCCACAUACAAUAGCGGAGCUCCUGGUUCCCCCUCAGGUACUGAGCAUAUAAACAUUUCUCAGAUUCUUCCACAGCCUUAAGUCUCCUGGGGGAAACUGAGGCUUGAUACAGGUGUAAUAAGUGGUGGGAUUUUAGUAGAGGAGAUUUCUGGGCAUGCGGUUGCCAUGCAGUGCAGGGCUGAGGCAGGGCCAGCAGGCAGGAAUCAUCUGGGUCAGUGAUUCUCCCAUCCAAGUACUAACCAGGCCUGACUCUGCUUAGCUUCCGAGAUCGGAUGAGAUCAGGUGCAUUCAGGGUGGUAUGGCUGUAGACUGGGUCAGUGAUUCUCAGAACACAGUUCCUGGACUAGCAGCAGCAGCAGCAUCACCUGGGAUGAAACACAGAUUCUCAGGCCUCAUCAGAGACAGAUUAAAUCUGAAAGUCUGGGGUGGGGCCCAGCAAACUGUGUUUUAAGUCCUGCAGGUGACUGUGAUGCUCCCCAAAGUUUGAGAACAUGAGUCUAGGUGAGAGACCCCUAGCUGGGCUGGGGAGGAGAAGGCCUUGGCAAUUGGGUGUGGAGGGGUAAAGGUAAGGCUGUGUUGAGGAGGGCUUCGAGGUUUGGCUUAGUGAAGUGAAAAGUGUGAAAGUAUUAGUUGCUCAGUUGUGUCUCUCUUUGUGAUCCCACGGACUGUAGCCCACCAGGCUCCUCUGUCCAUGCAAUUCUCCAGGCAAGGAUACUGGAAUGGGUUGCCAAAUCUCAAAUUGGUGGGCCCCUCUGGUACUUGUUCCCCACCCCCCACCCCCCGACUCCUGCCAGGGGUUCUUCAGCCCCUCCCCACCGUGAGCACUGGCCCCCCACCUCUGGCCCUCUUACUGCCUGUAAGCAAUGCUCCCUCUUCACAACAAGUCAGCUCCCGGCCCAUCCGUGGUAGCCAGGGCGGUUGCCACAGCAAUUGACAUCAGCAGUUGGUCCCCGAGGAGCCUGCCGCUGUCCUGCCUGCCUGCCUGCAGCGCCUCCGUUACCAUUUCUGCGACGAGCAGAGGACAUGGCAUUGGGGAUCCCGCCCUCCUAGGCACCCCGUUUGGAAGACUGGGUGGGGCAGGGAAGAGCCAGUGGCGAAGGGGGCGGGGCAAGGGGAGGGUCAGUAGGGGAGGCGGGGCCCCUCUUUGGUGGCCUCUUGCCUCGGCGGUGAGCCCCAGUCCACUCAGCUCCCAGACGUUGGAGGCGGCAUCAGCAGCAGCAGCAAGUGGGCCAUGGCGGAGGACGAGCCGAAGCCUUCGCAGCUCAGUAUGCCUUUAGUCCUGGACCGGGACCUGACCAAGCAGAUGCGGCUGCGCGUGGAGAGCCUGAAGCAGCGCGGGCAGAAGCGCCAGGAUGGCGAGAAGCUGCUGCGGCCGGCCGAGUCCGUGUACCGCAUUGACUUCAUCCAGCAGCACAGGCUGCAGUUUGAGCGCUGGGACGUCGUGCUGGACCAGCCGGGCAAGGUCACCAUCACGGGCACCUCCCAGAACUGGACGCCCGACCUCACCAACCUCAUGACGCGGCAGCUGCUCGACCCCGCUGCCAUCUUCUGGCGCAAGGAGGACUCGGAGGCCAUGGACUGGAAUGAGGCCGACGCCCUGGAGUUCGGGGAGCGCCUGUCCGACCUGGCCAAGAUCCGCAAGGUCAUGUACUUCCUCAUCACCUUCAGCGAGGGCCUCGAGCCCGCCAACCUCAAGGCUUCCGUGGUCUUUAACCAGCUCUGAUAGAAGCAGCUGGUUGCCACCCCCUCCCCUUGCCCACUUGCCUGCUCCAUGCACCUUCCCCCACCCAGGUGUGUGUUUGGGGACAUUGUCUUCUAGCUACUGGCCUGUACUUGCUUGGCCGGACCGAGCCUGCGUCCUUCCUCCUCUCCUUUCCCUGGUGCUGAAGCUCCCCGCUCAUGGGAGGAAGAUGCAAACUCUUUGUAGUCUAGAAGCUAAGCUGGCUGCCACUGCUUCUGCUGUAGACCGUGGUGGCCUGGUCCGGGCCAGUGUGGGAAGAUGAGAAGCCAUGGGAGAUUGCCUUCUGUCUGCUCCAUCGCUGGGAGAAACUGAGAGAGACCAAGAUAGAAUCAGCAACAGGCAGAGAGAGACAUAACUAAAGAACCAGCCUUCCGGCUUCCUCCAGAGACAGAGAGGCAGAGACGACAGAGCAGCCUCCUUGGAGAGUCUGGCAAACAGGCAUUUGCUGCCCUCCUGGCCACAAAGCCUUUCCCUGGAGUCCGUGUCCGGACGUGAACACCCAGCCCGAGAACCCAGGAAGGCGCUUCUCUGGGUACCUUGUGUGGUCCCACGACACCUUACUCUUAACACAUCCGGCCGGGGUGCCGUGGGGGCUGAUUUGGGCAUGGGGAGUGGCUGGCAUGCUGGGGGCUGUGCAGACCAACUCUUGUUCUUCUAAGAAUGACUUCAGGAGGGGAGAAGUGAGGGGGGACAUCUGUCUAUCUAUACAUAUACAUGUAUGUCAAGAGGGAUCAUGCUAUGUUCAUUUGGAUAUAUUCUGUACCUGCCCUGUGAACAAGUUUGACUUUAGAUGAUCUAUCAUAUAGUCACCCAGCAGGUUGCCUGAUGGCCUUUAGCAGGAGCUUGAUCAGGGUGGCACUGGGGACGGGGUGCUUCUGAGCUGGGAGAGGUUCAUGCAGUGAAGUGGGGAGCAGUAUAGUAAGCAGAUUUCCCUCUGCCGGGGUGGGGGGAGCUGGAUAGACGGGUCCAGAGCCCUGGAGCUGGAGGCAUUAGCAUCUCUGGGGCUUGCUGGGACGUCGGGCUCUUCCUGGGUGACUGUUGGAAGAUGGUGAGCACAUCGUCCCGGUGUGGCAUCUUUGGUGGAGGCAAAGGGUGGGGAUGGACAUGGCCUGGGAUAGCAGUUGUGACAGCUGAUGGUCAGAAAUGGGCUGGGGGUGGCAGCGUGGUGUGAUGGUGGAACACUGGCCUCAGAGGUUGCUGGGCGCAACCCACUCCCCAGAGAGGGAAACUGAGGCACAGUUGCCAGCAGAUUCAGUUCCAGCCCCCACACCUCACUCCCCUUCACACUACACAGGCCCAGAGUUCUGGCAUCAGCCAAGGGCGCUUCAGGAGGUAUCUCCAGGCCAGCCCUUUUUUUUUGGUCAGGGAUGUGCCUGUGAUAGUUUGCUCAAGAGGCAGAGCUGUCGAGAGGUUGGAGGGCCCUGGGAACAGAGGCAGUGAGAGAUGGAGGGUGAGAGCCAACCCCAGUGAUCGGCGCUGCUGGUAGGGCAGGCAAGUGGAAGCAGCUGGAGUAGGAUUCUUCACUGGAAAGUUUGAUGUGAUGUGAGCAAUGGUCCGUCCUAACUCAAGGCUCAGGGGUCUAUUCCGGGACAUGCCAGGAUUCCUGCGUGCUCUCUGCUGACUCUGAGAGAGCCUGGAGGCCAGACCCCGGCAGAUGGCCGAGCCCUUCUGUCUUUGCUUGACCUCUCCCCGCAGCUCUGGGGACCCUCUUGGUGCAGCCUGCUUGUACCCCCACCACGUCUGCCCCACGCAGGCGUGAGUGCCUCUGCCGUGGCUACUGUGCGUCCCCAAUAAAGCCUGUGUGCCCCGCCUCGUGGUGUGCGUUCUCUCGUCAGGAGCCACCCCCUCCCUGGGCCCUCUCCACAGUCCUGCCCUCUCCUCCUCCCGCUGCUUUCAGGGACGAGUCCCCGAGCAGGCAGGUGACUGGCCCAAGAUCAGAUGUCAGGAUGGACUUUGAAACCAGGUGCCCUGACACCCAGCCAGGAACCAACACCCCUGACAGUUUUUUCUCCAGUGGUUCCCAGACCAGCCUACGUGUAAGGCCUCAGGGAGGCAGGGGGCGCCGAGAGGGGAUGGGGAGAACUCACCAAGUCAGGCUCCAUCUUGAGUCUCCCUCCCUUGCAGGGUGGCUGGGCAGGGGGCAGACGGGCCAGGAGAGUGGCUCAGGGGUAGGUAGGGUCAGGCCUGUGCCCAGGUUUCAUCUGGCCUGGGUCACUAAUUUGCUGCCUGUCCUCAGGCAGGCCUUGCCUCUCCCCCAGCCUCAGACUUUCUGAAGGGAACAGCCUGCUUCUGUGAAGCCCUUGCAUUCCUGCCCCUCCUGACCAGAUAAGGCCCAUGUCACCAUGACGCCUUAGUGCCCCAACUGAGCCCGCCCCUCAGUGUUUGGACAGUGACAACAGAAGCCCAGGGAGGAAGCUGCCUGCCUGAAGUCACAGCGGAUGUGGAGGGCCGGGGAGGGUGUAUAUGUGAACCAAGCUCUGGAUCUGUGGACCUUUGACCCCUUGACACUGGCCCCCUGGAAUGGGCAGGGGCGAUGCCGCCAUCCCACUGGAGGGCUCAGGCCCCGGGCGAGGCUGGUUUCUCCCCAGAGACAAGGUCAGGCCUCGCUUCAGAGGCCACUCUUCGGGUUUUGCUUCAGAACAACCCCCAGGCAGGUCUUGCAGCCCCGUCUUCCUCCACCCCAGAGCCCUGCCCAGAGCAGCCGCUGCUGCCCUGAUUCUCUUCCCCAAGCCCCACCGUCCGGCCACAGCCUCCAUCCACUCCUGAAGAUGCUUCUGGGAGGUGUGUGUAUGUGUGGCGGGGAGGGGGAACCAAGAGAGGAAGCCAACCCUCCCGGCCCCGGAGGGCAGCAGUAGAAGGCCUGGUUUUGCUUCCGAGACUGGGCUGGGAGGAGGGCAGGGAGUGUGAAGUGAGGACACGCUUUCCAAGGAGCCCGUGAGAAACCCCCAGCAGCAGACCUGCCGUUUCCUGAGCUCGUGCCUCCCGCUGAGCCAGGGUAAGGCAGUGUGAGGGGCCCUGCCCCCAGCCCCCACCUCUGUGACUCCAGGAGACCAUUUUUGAGUCUGUUUUCUCAUCUGCCAUUCUGUGGGAGCUUAUAAUGCUUCCUCCCGUGUAGGGUCGUUGUGAAGAAGAAAUGAGUUAGCGAAGUGCUGAGCUUCCUGAGUGGCACACGGGCUUCCUCUCUGGGUCUGCGCAUUGUAAAUACUUUCUCAGUCACUGCAGACACGGGGUCCCACUUUUCACAGUGAUUCUGAGAGGAGAGUGAGAGGAACAUGUUUACUGAGGAAGAGCGCGCGGUGCCGAGAGGUGAGGUGCAUUGCCGGAGGCAGCACAGCAGCCGACAGCGCAGUGAGGUGGAGGCACGGGCAGGGUCCAGGCCUGCUCUGGUUGGAGAGAGUGGGCUUGUGGAGUGGAGUCUCUUCACGUCACCGGGCUCAGAAGGGCCCAGUGGAGGGGACCUCCAGCCCUCCAGUCUAGCCUGGGAGCCCUGCGGGAGGGGGCCGCCCAGGGCUCUGUCUGAGUAUCUGGCUGGGCCCACUCUUGUGAACAGGGAUCCCCAGCGCCCCCUGCUGGUGUAUCAGCUCCCUGCUCUCUGGGUGGUGAGCCACGGGGCUCUCCUCCCAAGGGGGUAGGGAUGGGGGUUACCCAUCUUCCUGGCCUCUUCUUGUCAUGGCGUCUGAAACUCAGGAGUUUGAGACUCUUGAAAUCAGAAGCUGAGAACUGAGAAACUUCAGAUGCUCAGAAGAACCAGGGGCUCGUUCGUUUUGAGGCCUGUGGCUCACCUCACCCGAGUUGGGUAAUGAAUGCAGGAAACCCACCGUGGUUGGGGUUGCAGGCAGAAAUCUGUAGGGUGUUCCCUCUCUGCCACAGGAGCAGACACACACACGCGCGCACACACACUUGCACAGAAGCACACUGAUGCACAUACUGACUUUCACAUACACAUGCAUGCUUCUGUGUACACACACAUGGGUGUUCACUCACUGGCCCAGAGUCCAGCAGGAUUUGAACCCAGCCACUUGGGUCUGGGUGGGAGUCCCUCAGGGAAAGCCCCAAUAAGGAAAAGGGGAGGAGUCCAGGUGCCAGGCAAGGGGCACUGGGGCACACCCAUCGGGGAGGCUUUGACGUUUCUGGGUGAUUCUGCAGUGGGUGGCUGAAUGGGUGUGCAUGCUGAGUCGCUUCAGUAGUUUCUGACUCUUUGCGAUCCUGUGGACUGUAGCCCCACUAGGCUCCUCCGUCCAUGGGAUUCUCCAGACAGAAAUCCUGGAGUGGAUUGCUGUGCCCUCCUCCAGGGGAUCUUUCCGACCCAGGGGUCGAACCCAUGUCUCUUAUGUCUCUUGGAUUGGCAGGAGGAUUAUUUACCAUUAAGGCCACCUAUGUGUGAGGUUGCUUGCAAUCCCACUGAGUUCUUGCCUCACUGCCUCGUCAGCCCAAGGAGGUAGCUCAGCCCUUUCAGGCCUUGUUUUUCCCAUCUGCCCAGUGGGCUGUUGCCAAGGUUUUCCUUUCUCCUCUUGGGAGGGAGGUUGACCAGGUUACCCCAAGGUUGCACACAUCAUGUACCCCACACACCAGCAGGGAUGACCCCUCAUGUGUGCACAGCCCUCCACAGUUGAUACAUUUUAGUGCUUAUAGACAGUCUUGGAAGGAGAGUAGGUAGAUGUGGACUCCUUGGGAGAUACAGUGUUAGAUAGAACUGAAGGAGUGUUCCAGGGAAGAGAAAGUCAGGGGCUUGUAAAGGCAAAAGCCAUAAGAUUGUUAAAGGAAGUAUUUGUUCUCAAGGGCCAGACUGUCACGAGUUGUUUUAGGGUAAAGGAUCCAAUAAAUAUCUUGAGUUUCUGGAACACUGGGCAGACAUUCUGGAUGGCUGCAUUAAAAGAAGAAGUGGUCAAAGUUCAGAUUCCAUGUGGGCAGAGGCAUGCAUAAGUCACACUUGCUCAGUGACCUCCCAGCCCCAUUUUAGAGCACUCUCUUAGGAAAACCAACUCCAUUUCCUUUUUUCUUUCGUACCACUAGCGUGCACAAACUCCCCAGCUGGCCAGGGUCUCGCUGCGGCCAGCACUUGCAGAUUUUCCUCCUGGGAAGAUAGCCAGCUGUGGAGCUGGGCCUGGCCACGUGGGAAGGAGCUUGGAGGAGGGGCUGCCUGCCGGUGCCCAAGGAGAAGGUGGGGUCAGGAGGCCCCUGCCAGCUGCUGCUCUGCUGGCCCCUGAGGGAUGUGGUCUGGGGUGUAGCCAGCAGAGGGAGCCACCUGUUCCAGGCUGAGGUGUCCUGAAUCUAU